CAUCUUUUUUAAGCGGGACCCAAUGCUUUUCCUCAAUCUAAGAUGAAGUUAUGGAAGUUUGCUGCCAUCGCCCUGAUUCUCUGUGGUGCUGCAAUCCACCUUAUCCUGUUUAAAGCCACGCGCUCUUCCAGAGCCCCGCCUCUUCCUCCCCACCACAGAGCAUCAUCCUCAUCUCUGUUAUCAUCAUCGUCAUCUUUAUUUACACCCUCCAACUCCUCGUCUUCCGCAUGGUCAGGUGGGAGGCAGCGGAGAGUCAGAUCAGCUGCAGAAGAAAACUCUUUUGUCUCAGAAUUCAUGGAGAUGUUCCAGAGCUUCACAGAGGGUGAGCUGAAGCAGGUGAUAGGGACGCUGGUGGAGAGAAAAGCCCGUAGAGAAGCCCAACAAAGCAAAAGGACUAAGCGUGCAAAAAAGCGGACCAAACCGUGCUCGCUUCGGGAAGUGGAGGUGACGGUCAGUCAGCUUGGGCUGGGCUACGUCAGUGACGAGACUAUAGUCUUCCAUUACUGCAGUGGGAAGUGUUCCGCUAGCCGCAGAAACUAUGACCUGGCGUUAGCGUUUAUGAAACGCUCACGGCUGCUCACCAGGGAACAGAGAGAGAAGGCUCGACACAGCCCCUGCUGUCGGCCCACCGCAUACGAGGAGAACAUCUUCUUCCUCGAUAACUCUUAUCGAUACCACACAAUCCACGAGUUUUCAGCUCAGGAGUGUGGAUGUGUCUAA